AUGAACCCACGUUACAAUGAGGCUUCUCAGGCACACCAAAUUCCAAAGUCCUCCGGAAGGCUAGUGCUUCUUACCUCCGACAAACGCAAUCAUGCCUACUUAGCUCACACCAACGGCGAUGCCACACCAAAGCUCGAAAAGGGCAGCCGGAACAACAAAACUGAGGAGUUAAUCUAUGGGCCAUUUUGGAGUGAUGAUGUUGAUGCAAAUGAAGCAGAGUUCAGUGGUCAAGACGGUUUAGUAUGGUAUUUCACUGAAAUGAUGCUUCUCAUAUAA